CUACGGCAGACAAAAUAGACUCAAGUUUGCAAACUGAAAAAUAUGGAAUAUCUCCAACUGACCCUAACAAAGUAUCAAUUUUCAACAACCCAUAUAAAACGGCUGAAGAUAAUUUACACAACCCUACUUCAUUCUAUAACUCCAUGACGUCACGUCAUCUUGUAGUUGGAUCCAAGGCAAAAAAUAAUAAAAAUGAUGGUACUGGUGGUGUUACAAUACUGAUAAUAGGAUUAUGCCUGUGUAUUUUUGGAGGUUCAUCAUUAAUUUUUGUUAUCAUCUUCUUCGUUAUCAAAAAGAAGCAAGUUGCUAACUCGACACCAGUGAAAUCGGCUACUAAUCGUCAUUCUUCAAAUGCUACUGGAUUAGACUUCGAUAACCCAGCAUAUAAAAUAUACGUUUUGGAGGAAAUAGAUAAAGAGAGCACAACUGCGAAACACAUUUCAGAUGUUUUCAUUUCAGACAGCAAGUUGUGAAAGUUCAGAUUGUGGCUAGAGUGUAUAGCAAUUUUAUUUCUUAGGCAAUAGCUCCAUUAAAAUUAUCUGAUGAUAAACUGGCUGGUCAAAUGGUUUCUCCUCAAUUUACAAGCAAAACAAUGUUAUUCUAUGAACAGCCAAUGCAAGGAACCUGAACAAACAAUACAAACAAACAAUAGGAACAUUCGAAUCUUCAAUUGAAAUUUAAUAUCUUGGCUAGGGCCUAUCGUA